UUUUGUUUCGACCGCUUUCGUGGUACAGAUUUUGGGAAUUGUAGUUCACGCAAAGGACGUUGCUGAUGACCACUCCGCGCUGACUAUUCUUCUGCAAAUACAUUAACCACAAUCCUCCUGGCGGAUCUGAAUAGAAGGAAAAGCAAUGAAUUACGCCCGGUUUUUGACAGCUGUGAGCGCAGCCAGAAAACCAUCCCCCAUCAGAAUCCUCACUGAGUUGCAGCAGCGUUCACCCCCAUCUCUCAUCUCUUUGGCUGGAGGAGCCCCAAACCCCAACACCUUCCCAAUCCUGUCCGCCUCAAUACAGGUCAGAAAUGGUCCAAGAGUGAACUUUGAUGAGACGGCAAUGAAGAGGGCUUUACAGUACUCUGCUUCUAAUGGGAUCCCAGAGCUGUUGAUGUGGAUGAAGGAUUUACAGAAAAACCUUCACAAUCCUCCAAACCCUCAAACAGAAAUGUGUGUGACCACGGGCAGCCAGGAGGGGCUCAGCAAGGUGUUUGACAUGUUGGUGAGUCCUGGAGACAAUGUUUUGCUCGAUGCUCCGACGUAUUCAGGCACUUUAGCCGCGCUGCAGCCUCUUGGGUGUAACCUGAUAAACGUUGCGAGUGAUGAACACGGGAUGGACCCUGAGGCAUUGAGGAGGAUCCUGUCUUGCUGGAGUCCAUCUGAUGUCCACAAACCAAACAGCUCUGUCCCCAAAGUCCUGUACACCAUCCCCAACGGAGGCAACCCUACUGGGGCUUCCAUGACUGAGCAGCGCAAGAGGGAUGUCUACCAGCUGGCUCGACAGUACGACAUGCUUAUCAUUGAAGAUGACCCCUACUAUUUCCUGCAGUUUGAAAAGCCCUGGGCCCCCACUUUCCUCUCCAUGGAUGUUGAUGGGCGAGUGAUUCGAACUGACUCAUUCUCCAAAAUCCUCUCCUCGGGGUUAAGACUUGGAUUUGUCACUGGCCCAAAGCCUUUGGUGGAGAGAGUGGUGCUGCACAUUCAGGCCUCUACAAUGCACACAAGCUCUUUUACACAGUUGAUGGUGUCCCAGUUGCUGCACAGUUGGGGUGAAGAGGGUUUCCGCCAACACAUUGAUGGGGUCAUAGAGUUUUACAGGAAGCAGAAAGACGCCAUGAUCAGCUCUGCAGAGAAGUGGCUUAAAGAUGUUGCAGAGUGGCACGCCCCAAAGGCUGGGAUGUUCCUGUGGAUCAAACUAAAGGGAAUCACUGACACACAGCAACUGAUACGGGAAAAGGCAUUAGAGAAAGAGGUGCUGCUUGUUCCUGGAGGAGUUUUUAUGAUCAACAGCAGUGAUCCCUGCGCCUAUGUCCGAGCUGCAUUCUCCCUCUCAUCUCCAGAACAAAUAGAUGAGGCUUUCCGGAGGCUGUCAUUACUUAUCAAGGAAGCUCAGAGCUAACCCUUUCUGCUGGCAUAUGUUUAGGUCACAAAUGCCUGUAACCCGAAACACUACUGAAUGAAGUAUUGUAAAGA